AUGAUAUUCCGUUGGGAGGUUUUUAUAUUCUUCCUUUUUUUCUUAUAUGCUGCUUUUUCUGAUAGUGAUGUCUUAACUAUAAAGAUUGUUGAGGAUAUAGACAAUAACUGGGCAAACAAUUUAUGGAAUCAGCCACAGACAAAACUGACCUUGGAGCCAAAAGUAAAAGAAGCCAAUUUCUCAGGCCCUUCACAUUUUAAAUCUUUAUUGGGAAAGUGUUAUGAAAAAGUUACCACUUCGUACAGAUAUGUGUUUUGUCCAUUCCGUAAUGUCACACAGCAUGAAAUAUCCCUGCAGUGGAAACCCUACAAUGGAAUAUUAGGAGUGUGGCAGGAGUGGGAGAUUGAGAAUAACACAUUCAGUGCCAUGUUAAUGAGAGACGGUGACAAAUGUGGAAGUAUUUAUCGGUCUGUAAGGGUGGUGUUUACGUGCGCAAGUAAAAACCAAGUGAGUGAUGUAUCAGAACCCCAAUUAUGUCACUACCUUCUCCAUUUUGAGACACCACUUGUUUGUCAAAAACAAAGCAUGUUUGUUUAUCCAUAUUUAAGUUCCAAUCUGAAAGAUGCUUGGGAUGAAAUUGAAGGAGAGCUAUUAAGAAAAGAAAUUACUGAAAAGGGUUAUAAAAAAGAACUGGUGAAAAUAUUCACUGCAGCAGGAUUCUUCUUGUCAGAUGAAACUAAAAAGGAUUUGGCUAAGAACAUUUCAAAGAAAACUGCUGAUAAUGAAAAAACAGAAACCAAAUUUGAAUCUCUUGAAAAAUGUUCAGCUGAAUACACAAGAUUGCUAGCAGAAAUGGAAGGCCUUCGGACAUUGAUUUCAUUAACUGCUCGCUUGAAAGAACAGGAAAGAAAAGAAGACGAAGAAACUCCUGGUUACAAAAGCGAGUCCAGCUCAAAAGAACACACCUCAUCACCACUGUUGAAGAACAGAAAGAAAAAGAAUUAA